AUAAACCUCAUACUGACACUCCUCACUAACACAUUACUAGCCUCGCUACUCGUACUCAUCGCAUUCUGACUACCACAACUAAACAUCUAUGCAGAAAAAACCAGCCCAUAUGAAUGCGGAUUUGACCCUAUAGGGUCAGCACGCCUCCCCUUCUCAAUAAAAUUUUUCUUAGUGGCCAUUACAUUUCUGCUAUUCGACUUAGAAAUUGCCCUCCUAUUACCCCUUCCAUGAGCAUCCCAAACAACUAACCUAAACACUAUACUUAUCAUAGCACUAGUCCUAAUCUCUCUUCUAGCCAUCAGCCUAGCCUACGAAUGAACCCAAAAAGGACUAGAAUGAACUGAGU